AUUAGGGACUGUUUUGCAAACAGGAUGCCGGCGGCCAUGGCGUCCGGCACAGGCAGAGCUCCCGCUGCAGGCCUGCAGUGCUGUUGGCGGAGCCUGGUGUCUCGAGAAGGUUAGGGUCUCGACGCCCCGUCCUCCUCGCUGUGCUCGCCUCCGGAUGCCCUGGCCACUGGAGCUCGAGGAGAGCCCGUGGUUCUCCCGUGAGGUCGUGUCGCCGCCAGCUUGCUCUUGCUCCUCGUCGCGCUCCCCGCAUGUGUCUGCUCCCGCUGGCAGUCCGCACUCGACGCUUCCGGGCGCCAGGACCUUUGCCACCACGCCCUCGCCGUCACCUCGGGCUCCUCCCCCCGCCCGACUUCACUGCCAAUUUCAACUCUGCCAAGGCGCCAACUCUUCCACGGGAUGCUUCACGCUCGCCUUUCUCGGCCUCCCCUGCCCCCAACUUCAUCUGAAACCCACUCAUCCGCGCCACCACUCACCCGUUGGAUGUGGGGACGGGAUGCGAAAUGCCGGCGGCGUUGGAUGGAGAGCUCUGCGGCGAACCCACGCGGUCGCCCUCCAUCAGGGAGGGGGCCGGCCAAGUCGGAUGAACCUUGCCAGCAUUAUGCCGAACACCAUGUGCGCGCGCGAGAGUGAGAGAAAGGUCGGAGAACGCAUUGCUGCGGGAAACCGAGUCACACCAGCGAAGGCAGGGCAACAUAGAGACUACCAGCAGGCUGAUGGACGGGGCCAUUCACCGGACGACCAGGACCAGAUGUGCAGGAUGAAGGUGACGAUGAACCUGCAAGCAAGACCCUGGCAUCAACGACGACCCGCGCUCCCCGCAGAGGAUGAGGGUCACGAGCCUGACCGGCCACAACUUCCCCAUCCUCAACUCCCUGCAAGUGAGCGUCGAGAGAGGAACUUUGUCCUUGAUCGUCUGCGCUUACGCUUGCACGCAGGACGUUGCUGUUCCGCCGCUCUACUACACUGCCGGGGCUCAAAGCGUGGUGUACGCGGUCCGAGGAAGCGCCCGGCUGCAGGUGGUGGACAACAUCGGGGCGGCGGUGUUCGACGGCGAGCUUCGCCGGGGGCAGCUCCUGGUCGUACCGGAGUUCUUCGUCGUCCUAACGGAAGCAGGGAAGGAUGGGGUCGAGUACAUUGCGUUCAAGAAUGACGCAAGCCCCGUGACGAGCCGCAUCGCGGGGCCUAUUGCUCCUGGCAUCAUGAAUUCAUACACCAUCAAUGUCGUCUAG